CUACCCUCUGAUUGACAGUCUUUCUACGACAACUACCUCUUGCGACGCUUGAGACCUAACCUCCUCUGUGCAAGAGCAACUAAUCACGUGGCCCCACGGAAAAGGAAAUCAGUCUUCACAAUGCUUUUUUCUCAAGAAGAGGUCGUCGAAUGUUCGCAAAAACCAUCGCGUGGAUCCAAAAGUGGAGCCGGACGAAAACGAUUCCGCAAUAGCGUAACCCAACGGCAAACGCGAUCGUCGAAAGCCAACGCGUUGCAGCAUCGCUCCGGAAGUGGUACCGCGGAAGCCUGUGAAAUUCCAGAAAGUGCAACUGAAAACAGUGCCGCAAACCUUUCUGGUAGUCUAUUUUCUGGCCAGCAAGACCUGCUGAAACAGUAUGAAGCGCACGACGAUCAAAUACGGAAACGGGAUGAAGUUCUGGAGCAAGUGCUAGAACAAUCCCGAAAGGCAUACGAACAGUUAAAGCUGCAGACCCAGUCGGCAAGUUUAUUCAGUGCCGAAGAUGGCACUUUAGGACGGAAAGAAGUCGGGUUGAACACCGAUCUGGUUGAGAAAGGAGAAAUUGCUAUUCAAACUACACCGAUUAAAAAAGAUUCUCGAAAUUUCGGAGCUCAAAUUGGGUCUGAAAAAGCUGCGCAAAAGGAUAUUGCGGUCCAGUUCCCACCGAAUAGUGUCGAUAAACGAACGACUAGGGAUGCAGAGGUUCAAUCAUCGUCUCCCGGAUUUGAAAAGAAACGGAUAAAGACGGCAGAUUCUGCGGUGAAUACGACCUUUGUCCUACAGGAAGAUGCCACGGUGCAGACAAACCCAGUGGAGCAAAGAAAUGUCGGUGUGCAGAAGUACCACAGCACCCGUGUUCGGGAGAUAGGCAAUCAAACUUCCCCGGGACGGGAUCAGCUGAAUCGCUCCGUUGGGAAAAGGAACGUGUGCGUUCAGCAACGUUCUUCAGGAAUGUUGGAGUUGAAUCGUGAAGCGGCUUUGGUGUUGGGUAUUGAGCUAAAGUGCGACCCCACUCGUCUGCAGCGCUCGCUGCUGCGAGUGGCUGCCAGACAAUGCAGUACUAAGGACGCGGACGGGAACGAAACCGGGGAACAGCAGGUGGAAUUCACAGAUGAAGAUCCGUACUGGGCCAACUAUGGCCACUUUAUGGAUGAUGUGGUUGACGAUGGCGCAACGGCCAGCGAUUCGGGACUGGGUGAAAUCGAACCCCAGAUGAGCUGCUGCAUUGAAGAAUCCAUCGGUUGAGUGGCUACAUUCGAAUAAUAAGAAUCUGUUUUCAUCAAUGUUCAAUUAUUACUUUAUGCUCAUGUUCAAUGUAAAAAUUAUUACAUUAUGCUAAACUUCACACAUUAAAUAGCUUAAAAUCUAAA